GUCAAGGGUUACUUCUUCCGGUGGACGAAGCUGCAGCAAACAAACACGAGAAGAGGGAAAACCCAGGAAGAUAUCGCUACAACUUACCUGCCAGGUUUAAAAUCAGAAGAUGUUGAGAAGGAAACCGACUCGUCUGGAGCUGAAGAUCGACGACACGGAAGAGUUCGAGAGCGUCAAGAAAGAGCUUGAGGCCAGGAAGCGUCAGCGAGAGGAGGCGGAGUCAGGUGGAGUGGGCGGAGCUUCUGUCAUCAGUGUUGACAUUAUCGGGGGCGGAGCCUCGGCUUCUUCCUCAACAGCAGCGUCGAGGGCGGAGCUUAUCAACGAGCGAAUCGGCUACAAGCCCCACCCCAAACCAGCCACGCUGCCCACCUUAUUUGGAAGUUUACAGUUUUAAUAAAUAAAUAAUAAUAAAAAUGA